AAUGGAGGGGGGCGCGCGGCGCUGGGCGGUGCCAAUGAGCGAGCGAUGGGCCCUCGCCCCGGUGCAUGGUGGGAGAAUCCCUCCAUCCUGCGGCUGCUCCGGCCGGCCUGCCUGCCUGGCGGGCCCCAGCGCCCUCCCUCUCUCCCUCCCGCCUCUCCAGAGCUGGGUCCUCCCAGGCAGGGGCUCCUUCCUGCGCGCUGCGCUGCUCGGGGAAGGGAGAGGCCUCGCCCGGCAGGCCGAAGGGCCAGCGACCCUUCUCUGCCGGGGCCCCCCGCCGCUGCUGCCAGUCAGCGCCGGCCAUCCUGAGCUCUCUGGACCACGAGCCAGACGCGGCGGCGGCGGCGGCGGCGGCGUCCUCUCCCCCCAGCAGGCUCUCGCGCACAGAGAGCUCAGCUGUGCCUGUCAGGGGCCAAGGAGCUUUCUCCCCAAGUGGCCUUGUGCUGCGAGCCGGUCUCACAGAAGGGGAGGCCACCCGUUGCCUCGUGGAUUUAUGGCCGCGGUGGUUCUGUAAAACCUGUGCAAAACAGCCAACGUUCAGAGAGCAAUCAAGUGGUCAGCAGUAGAAUCCAUUGCAAAAACUGACGGAGAGGGGCACCAAAGGGGGUGCAGCUGCCUCUUCUUCCCAGCAGCUUGGUUGUUCCUCUCCUGCCCUGUGCUGCCUGCAGGCUGGCCAUUCGUUGAGUAGAGCUGUGCAGUAAACACAGCUCUGCCUGAUGAAUGGCCAGCCUGCAAGCAGCAUGUGGAGCGAUAGAGAAGUAAACAGAGCUCUGGGAAGCAGAGGCAACUGUGCUGCCUCCCCUCCCCUCUCCACCAGGCACACCCAGCUCAUUAGGACAAGCUGCUCCUGUGGUCCUCCAGAUUGGAACACCACUUACGCCAAGCUUCCCCCACCCCUUCUUUCUCUUUACAGGGAAGACAGCUUAUAUAAAAUCACUUGGGACAAAAGACCUUGUGAGAGUUUUAUUCAAUGUAAUUGGCUGCAGAAUCUAGUUAUGUAGUACAGGUUCAGGCUGGACAUGAAUUCAGACUUCCCAGCCGUACAGUAUAUCACUCAGUCUUGCACAGUAUAUGCUCUAUCUGUCUAGGGAAGGAAACCCCCUGUACUGCAGAUUCUUUGCUGGGGUUUAUGCCCAUGCAGGAUAAUUUUCCUGUGCUCACUAACACUUAAGGGCAUGCUGCUGCAAACAGGCACUGCCAAGGUGUGGCUGCCAAGCCUCAUUUUUAAAACUGAGGUCUGCAAGAGAUUGUUUGGGAAACCCACUGGCUUUCCUGGUUUUGGGAGGUACAAGCAGAGAAGUUCAACAUCUUUGAGAUCUAGAUGUGGCUUUUGUCCAGGCUCCAAUCAAAACUCUGGGGUCCCAGGGAAGUUGUCCUCCAGGUGUAAAGAGGUUAGCAGUCAAACUACUGGUCGGAUGCAGAAGUCCCAGCAUGACAGCUCCUGGACGUUGGUCCUUUCCUCAUCUCUCUGAAACACAAAAACAGGAAUUGCAGCCACUUCUAGCUGAAACUGGGAUAUCACUGUUCAGGUUUGGCCAUGGAAGCAGAGAAUGAAGUGGAGAGCAGCAGUGAUGCAGCCCCUCGGCUGGAGCAGCAAGAGGAGCCCUCGGAGAGUGGCCUGGGCAUGGAGACCUCGGAGGCGGUGUCUGCAGACAGCAGCGAUACUGCCUUGGUGCCUGUCAGCCUCUCAGAAGCAGACGAGUCUGGUGUCGGCCAGAGCUCAGACAGCGGGAGAGUCUCCUUGGCCGAGGUCUCCGAGAGCAGCUCCAGCACGGACGCUGUGCUGAGGGCCUAUCUGCCCGACUCCUCCUCCAUUGCACAGUCCGCCCUGGUCUCCAGCCAGUCUGCCCUGGCCUCCCAGUCUCCCCAGGGCCGGGUUCACUCCAGUGUCCUUGCAGAAGGGGCUUCUGGGGUGUCUGACUCCACAGCCCCCACCUCCUCUGACUUGGGCUCUGCCAUUGACAAGAUCAUAGAGUCCACCAUCGGGCCGGACAUCAUUCAGAGAUGCAUUGCUGUGACAAGCGAGGAGGAGGGGGGGGCGCAGACCACCCAGUACCUUAUCCUGCAAGGGCCAGAUGACGGUGCCCCGGAGAUGUCUCACGUGGCCAGCUCUGCCCUGACUCACAGCUUGGCUGUGGAAGCCUUGGCGGACGGCCCCACCUCCACCUGUGUGGAGCACCCUGGCCCCCUGGAACCACAGGUGGCGCCUGUGCAGCUCGGCCAGGCUGGCGAGCCUGACCUGGAGAGCCUGGAGGAGCUGAUGGAGGUGGUCAUGGUGCAGCAGUACAAGUGCAAGCUCUGCCAGUACAAGAGUGCCUCCCGGCAGACCCUCCUCAGCCACAUGCGGGAGCGCCACUUCCAGCCCGCAUCGACCCCUGGCCUGAAGAAGGGGCGCCCGCGUAAGGGGGUUCCUGCACCAAAGGCACCAGAGGGGACAAAGCCCGCGGAGGCGGAGGAGGAGGAGGAGGAGGACGACAUUGUGGAUGCUGGCGCUAUUGAUGACCCGGAAGACGACAGUGACUACAACCCAGCAGAGGACGAGCCCCGGGGGCGUCUGCCCAAGCUCAGCCGGCCCCUGCCCACCUCCAGCGAGGAACGGCUGCGCCGCCGCCCUGGGCGACCCCGCAAGCUGCCUCGCCUGGAGGUCCUGCCUCGACUGGAGGGUGGUGAAAUGGAGCCCGUGGUCUCAUCCCAGAGUGCUGCUCCCUCGGGAGACGCGCAGGGCCCUGAGACGGCCACUUCCUCGAGCCUGGCGCCCCUUGGGGGAGAAAACUUGGUGGAGCCCACUGUGAGUCAGUCGGACUCCGAGAACAGGGAUCCCUCCUCUCACGAAGAAGCAGAAGCUGUGCCUCGUCGACGAGGCCGGCCCUCUCACCGCUUUCUGGGCAAGAAAUACCGCAAGUACACGGGGCGCAGGUACUGCUAUAAGUCAGCCAAGCCGCUGAUGCGCCCCUACUUGUGCCGGAUCUGUGGCUCCCGCUUCCUGACUCACGAGGACCUGCGCUUCCACGUCGACUCGCACGAGGCAGGAGACCCUCACCGCUUCCGCUGCCUGCAGUGCAGUUACCGCUCCCGGCGCUGGUCGUCUCUCAAGGAGCACAUGUUCAACCAUGUGGGGAGCAAGCCGUACAAGUGCGAGGAGUGUGAGUACACCAGCGUGUACAAGAAGGACGUCCUCCGCCACUCUGCUGUGCACAACCGUGACAAGAAGAAGCGAGCUGACCCCCCUCCCAAACGGAGCUCCUUCCCUUGCCCCGUCUGCGACCGUGUCUAUCCAAUGCAGAAGCGGCUCACCCAGCACAUGAAGACCCACAGCAUGGAAAAGCCCCACAUGUGUGACAAGUGCGGGAAGUCCUUCAAGAAGCGCUACACCUUCAAGAUGCACCUGCUGACCCACAUCCAGGCUGUAGCAAACCGCCGGUUCAAGUGCGAGUUCUGCGACCACGUCUGCGAGGACAAGAAGCUGCUCCUCAACCACCAGCUCCUGCACCUCAACGACAAGCCCUUCCGCUGCAGCGUCUGCUCCUACGCCACCGUCCGCGAGGACUUCCUGCUCUCCCACAUGGCUGUCAAGCACAUCGGGGGCAAGCCCUUUGCCUGUGAGUUCUGCCACUUCAUGACCAAGCACAAGAAGAACUUGCGCCUCCACGUCCAGUGCCGCCACGCGGAGAGCUUUGAGGAGUGGGUGCAGCGGCACCCGGAGGAGCCCCCCUGCCGCCGCCGCCGCCCCUUCUUCACCCUCCAGCAGAUCGAGGAGCUGAAGCAGCAGCACAGCCAGAGCCAGGCGGUGGUGCCCAGUCCGCCGGCCCCCUGCGAACCGGCCCAAGCCUUGCCGGCCCCACCGCCCCCCGUCCUCUCCCAGGAGCCCCUGGAGGGGGCCACCAUCAUCUACGAGGCAGGUGUCGAGGGCUCGGCUGAGCUGGCCACACAAACGGCCCUGGACCUCCUGCUGAAUAUGAGCAGCCAGCGGGAGCUGCCGGCCAGCUCCCUGGAGGUGGCCGUCGUGAGGGCAGAGGCCCAAGCGCAGCCAGCAGGGGGGGAGCAGGAGCCCCCGGCCGAGGUGCUGACGCUCCACGUCGAAGACGAGCACAGCCAGGCCCUGGUGCAGGAGGCCUAUGCGGAGGCGGCAGCGGCGGCGCUGGGCGGCGCUGAGCUCCAGCAGGUCACCAUCCCCUUCAGCAGCACCGCCGAGUACAGCAUCAUCACGCCUGGCGGGGAGGCUGAUGGCGGCACGCUCUACGGGGAGGAGGAGGAGGAGGAGGAGGAGGAGAGUCCCAGCCCAGCUCUGCAGGCGGUGAUUCGGGGCACCCUGAAGGACCUCAUGACUCCCAGCAGCGCCCCCGAGAGCCAGCAGCAGCAGCGGCAGCACGUGGAGGGGGACGGGGAGCCGGUGGAGGGGCCGCCCGGCGUCAGGUGGCCCCUGGUGCAGUGCCUGGCCUGGCAGGCCCACAAGGCCGUUGCGCUGGCACCCGGAGAGCAGGAGCUGCCCCCACUCCAAGCCGGGGGGCCCGCCCAGCCGCCGCCGCCGCCACCGAGCCCGGCCAAGAAGGCCUCCUGGAAGGCCGCCCCGGCCAAGAAGCUGGCAGGCAGCAGCAAGGCGUCCUCGGCCCGGAAGUUCUCCUGCAAGAUCUGCACAGCGCCCUUUGCGGGCCGAGCGGAGAUGGAGAGCCACAAGCGGGCGCACGUGGGGCCCAGCGCCUUCAAGUGCCCCGACUGUGCCUUCACGGCAGCCGCCUGGCCGGAAGUCAGGGACCACAUGGAGCAGCACGCCAGCCUGCGGCCCCACAAGUGCCAGCACUGCAGCUUUGCUUCCAAGAACAAGAAGGAUCUGCGCCGGCACACUCUGACCCACACCAACGAGAAGCCCUUUGCUUGCCACGUCUGUGGGCAGAGAUUCAACCGCAACGGGCACCUCAAGUUCCACGUGCAGCGGCUGCACAGUGCAGAAGGGAAGGAGCCCCCCCCGCCCGCCUCAGCCGGCCCUCCGCAGACCAUCCUCCUGAACAGCGACGAGGAGGCCUUGGCCACGCUGCAGACGGCUCUGCAGUCUGGCCAGGCGGUGCUGUCUCCGGAGAGACUCCAGCAGGCUCUGGGGCAGGAGCACAUCAUCAUGACGCAAGGCCAGAGCAUCCCCAGCCAGGAGGAGGAGGCCGCCUACAUCCAGGAGAUCCUGACCACAGCGGACGGGCAGAUGGUGCGGCACCUGGUGACGGCAGAGAACCAAGUCCAGUACAUCAUCACCCAGGAUGGCUCCCAGCACCUGCUGCCCCAGGAAUACGUGGUUCUGCCUGAGGGGCACCAUAUCCAGGUCCAGGAUGGGCAGAUCACCCACAUCCAGUACGAGCCCGGUGGCCCCUUUGUGCAGGAGCCCCAGAUCCAGUACGUCCCUGUGUCGCCAGGACAGCAGCUCCUCACGCAGGCCCAGCUGGAGGCAGCUGCCCGCUCUGCAGUGACAGCAGUGGCAGAUGCUGCCAUGGCGCAGGCCCAGGGCACCUUGGACACCGAGGCCGCAGCCGAGUCGCUCCACCCGCUGCAGCCGGGGAUCCACUACGACAUCAUCACCCUGGGAGAGUAGCCGGGCCCCUCCCGCCCCCAGAGGACUGGUUGGCUAGCUGGCUCCCUCGUGCUUGGCCCACCCUGCCUGCCUGCCUGCGCCUUCGACCAGCACCCAGCGUGGCCCCCUGGAAGGAGCUGCUGCUGCUGCUGCUGCUGCUGCUGCACAGGCCCCGGCCGGCACGUCCGGAGCAGAGACUGGGGCAGAGAGGGGGCCGCCCCCCCGCCCCCGCACUGGCCCUGCACACGGGUGGGGGGCAGGUUUGCUGGCCUGGAUUGUGCUUCCGAAUAAAGGCAGACAGGACUCUG